AUGUCUUCAGAUAUAGAAGAAGUCUCAAAGCUUCAAGCAGCCCUCAGGGUAAAAGGAGGCUCAAGAUCAGAAUUGAACAGUACUUUAUCUUCAGGUCCCCCUAUGAUGAAUACUACUGAUGAUGAUGAUUCUAGUAGCUCAGGAUCCAGGAAGCGGUUACGGAAGGGAAUCUAUAUCGAUAACACAGAAGAAUCAGAAGACCAUGCCCAUGCAGAUGAGCAUCAGAACUCAGAGGUUCCUGAUGGAAAUCAAGGAAGUGUCCUCUCCAAAAGUUAUCGACUUAUGAAGAACUUUAGAAAAUUGGAAUCAUCUUACUUUUUGACAAGACGUAGGCCCAUCAAACCAACAGGCAGAACAUUGAUUGGACAUUCUCCAGUAAGUAGCUAUGGUAGAAGAUCAAUUGCACUAACUGAAAGAAGUUCAGUUAGUAACUUGUCGUCUAAAGAACGGUAUAAUGAUCAUAGACCAAGUGGAUGGAUAAAUACAUUCCUAGAGGGGUUUUGCAAGUAUCUCUAUUUUAGUAAACUAAAAGUCAAGGCAGACUUGAAACAAGGGGAUCUUUUAAAUUCAUCAAACCUCGUAUGCUCUCUUAGUUUUGAUCGUGAUGGUAAAUUUUUUGCAACUGCUGGCGUAAACAAGAAGAUCAAAGUUUUUGAAUAUAGUUCGAUCUUAAAUGAAGACCGUGAUAUCCAUUAUCCUGUGGUUGAAAUGGCAAGCAGGUCAAAGCUUAGCAGCAUAUGUUGGAAUGGCUAUAUCGAAAGCCAGAUCGCUUCGAGUAACUUUGAAGGUGUGGUGCAGGUAUGGGAUGUUACGAGGAGUCAAAUUUUCACGGAAAUGAAAGAACAUGAAAGGUAUGUCUGGUCUGUUGACUUUUCUGUAGCAGAUCCAACAAUGCUAGCCAGCGGCAGCGACGAUGGUUCCGUUAAGCUCUGGAAUAUCAAUCAGGGAGGAAGUGUUGGUACAAUUAAGACAAAGGCCAAUGUCUGCUGUGUUCAAUUCCCAUUGGACUCUGGUCAUUCCCUUGCUUUCGGUUCAGCAGAUCAUAGGAUAUAUUACUAUGAUCUACGCAACUUAAAAAUGCCUCUAUGCACUUUAGUUGGGCAUAACAAAACAGUGAGCUACAUUAAGUUCAUAGAUUCAACGACUCUUGUGUCUGCAUCUACGGAUAACACAUUAAAGCUUUGGGAUUUGUCAACGUGCACGUCACGGGUACUUGAUUGUCCUCUCCAGUCAUUUACUGGCCACCUGAAUGUGAAGAAUUUCGUUGGUUUAUCUGUAUGCGACGGUUAUAUUGCAACAGGCUCGGAGACAAAUGAGGUUUUCGUCUAUCACAAAUCUUUGCCGAUGCCUGCAUUAUCAUUUAAGUUUAACAACACAGAUCCACUUUCCAGAAAUGAAGUGGACGAUAGAGCACAAUUUAUCUCGUCUGUGUGUUGCCGUGGUCAGUCGUCCACCUUGGUUGCUGCCAAUUCCAUGGGAAAUAUUAAGCUUCUAGAGAUGGUCUAA